UAUUGAACAAUCUAAACAUUUUUUACAAUCUAAACACAACAAUCUGAAUUUCUAUCAUGCGUCUCUGUGGAUUGUGAUUGGUCAGUGGUGUCAUUCUGUGCUCAUAUAUUAGUCCAAUGAUUCAUAACUGUAAUUGAUCUUGUUCUCAGUGGUUCUUCCUCAGUGUUUCUGCAAAAUGGCAUAAGAAACUGAUCAAAAUGAAGUGAGUUUAUGCUUAAAACAAGAACAAAUAUCUGACAUUGUGGUCAGAACAAUGAAUUACCUUUAUUUUUCUGGGUUUCACUGGAUUGACCAAUCACAACACACCACCAGAUUUAAUGUGUGUGAGUGUAAUUGAUGUGUUCUAACUGUGUGUCCUUGUCCUUGCAGAUUUGAGUCCCUCCAUCUGUCCCGUGUGUCAUCUGUUAAACCGUCUCAUCUGAAACACAGCCACUCUGAACAUGAUCCAUCGGGCCGUACACAUUCACACACACAGAUAGUGGCGACAUAGAUCUGAUCAUCAGCGUCAUGGAGUACGUGGUGAAGAAAUCUCUGCUGGCCCCCAUAAAGACACUCAAGUACUGCGUGACCGGAGAGAAGAAACCGUCCGGCUGGACCAAGAGGGGCUCAAAACGUCACGGGUCGAAGGGCAGGACCUGCGCAGACCCACAUCUGCUGCGAUCCUAUCAGGCCGACCUGGAGAGAGAGAGGAAAUUACGUGAGGCGAUGAACGCUCAGAAGAACGCAGAGAGAGCUGCGAUGAGAGUGCAUUUCAGGAGGAAAUACCAGCUGACCAAGAAUGCCAAGGACGCGGACCACCUGCGAGCCGUGGGGAGGAAAGUGUCUCUCCCCCGAGAACUGGCCAAGAUGGUUCGUCCCGACGGCGCUGAUAAAGACGACAGCUUCAGUCUGCUCAGAGCCUUCCAAGGCCUCAGUUUCAGCCCGGCGAUCUUCACAGGCAGCAAACCAACCAAAACUCCCACGGCAGCCGACGCGGAGCCCUGCAGAGUCAUGUGACCUCUCAGAAACACGGACCCAACGCGCACACGCACACGCCUGAGGUGUGAUGAUGAUUUCAGAUGCAAUAAACCGUUUAAGAGCUUCGUGUUUCUCAUAACACUGUUGUUUUUGUUGUUUGUUUUAUGAAUGUCACAGUCGCACAACACUUCAGCAGGAGCUUUGACAUAUUCCUGCAUUUCAGACCUCAUAUUUUCAACAGACAUCAGGAAACUUAUUUCUUUUGAUUUGAUUUUAUGUUUUGUGGGUUUUAUUUAUGAUUGUUAUAAAUGAAUUUUGAAGAUUCACACGUUUGUCUAGUUCUCUAAACGAGAUCAUAUAGUCUUGUAUAGUUUUAUUUAAAGCUGAUUAUGUUGACUGUAGACUGACUAAAAGAACUUAAAUUAUGAAUCAUUUUACUUUUGAAGGCAUUAUAUAUGUCAUAUUUGUUUUAACUCUUCUGAAGACAGCUAUGCAAACACUUUUUUUUCUUCUAUUCAUUGUUUAUUUAUUUUUAAUCUAAUGUACUUAUUUAUUUUACUCAUUUAUUUAUUUACAUUUUUACAGAUUUUCUCCAGCCCUCAGUUUUCUGCAUUAUAUUCUACAGCUGAUCAGUUUAGAGCUGAACCAUAAUCACUUCAACCAGAUCAGAUUUGCUGUUCAUAUAUGAAUCACUGUGUGUGAUCAGAUGUGCACAUGUGAAGCUGGACGUGUGUGUGAUUGUUGGAUAUUGAUCAUGUCUAAUCAGUGAGAAUGAAUUUGAUUGAAAGUGCCAUGAUAUUUUUAUCUUUAUUCCCCUAGUGUGAAAAAUAAAGUAUGGAAGCCCA